AUGGUGGGACUUCCCUCACAUUUCCGAUCACACACGUCGGUUAAUUUCAUCGACACUUACUUUUUUCAAACAGGCGUGCGAGUCGGCGUUUCGCUGACCAUGUCAACAAACGACGACGAGGACUUCAUCCGAGCGGUCACCAGUGAAAUAUCGCGUCAACUCAUGCUGAACUCAAAUCCGCAUCUUUUUGCAGUAGCUAGCACGGCGCAGUCCAUCAGCUCUAUCCCUAACACCCUGAUCAUCCGUGGGUCAUCGGAGGACUACGUCCAUCGCGCACAGCUUCUCGCAAGUUCUAAAUUUAUAGGGAGAAUAAUCACGUCUUUCAAUGAAGGAAAUCAAUGGGUCGCGACUAUCAGCGAUAUCGGCGCAUCAAUGUACGACGAAGCGGCGCUCUGGGAUGUGGUACGCAAGUCGGCUCGGGAGCCGGUUGAUCCACUUCUUCCGCCUCCAGGAUCGAGGAGAAUAGGUCAAAUCCUCACAGAGGCUCGCUCAAAACUUGAGCGGAUAACGCCAAUGCAAGCUUUUGACGAACUUCGAGAAAGUAAAGUCAACGCGCCGACGUUUCUGGUCGACAUACGCACCGCUGCUCAACGGGAGAUGCAAGGUGGGAUAUACGGAUCCCUCAUUAUUGAACGCAAUGUUCUGGAGUGGAGGUUCGAUCCCAGGGCAGACUCUCGGCUCGCCAUCGCAGAUAGGUUCGAUCUAAGAAUAAUUGUAUUUUGUCAGGAAGGCUACGCGUCGAGCUUGGCAGCAUAUUCUCUGCAACAGCUCGGGUUGCUUAACGCAACAGACAUGAUUGGUGGAUACGAGGCUUGGAGGGAGGCAGGGCUUCCCAUUGACAUUGAUCAAGCGCAUCCAAGGUCUUUGGUUUCUUUGGCAGGAUCAGUCGUUUGA